UCGGACUUGGAUUUCCCCAUUUGAUUUCUCCAUCUUCCUCGUCGGCUCUUGUGGUUGUGUGCUUUGUGUUGGGUAUUCUGCUCUUUAUUCUCCAGCAAGAAACAUGAAGUUGGGCAAUUCCCUUCUCCAGCUCGCUCUGUGGGGUGUCGCGGCCCUCCCGACCGUCACUGCGGCCGCCUGGGGGUUUACUGAUGCCACCGUGUCAGUUCACACCAAAGGCGCGGGCGUAGGCACGGGAUCGAAAGAUGUCAUCCCCGAUAAGAAAGCUCUCUCCAAGCCUGUCGCCCUGGGCAGCGCCGACACCCUGAAGGUGACCCUCACGGCCCAGGAAGGCAGCUCCGCGAAACAGGCCAACCAGGUCUUCCUGCUGCUCCAGGACCCGGAGACGGGUCUGGAUAUCUCAUACCCGUUCUCUGUGAAGAACAAUGGCAAAUCGCGGUUGGAGCUGGCCAUGAAAGACCUUCCCCUCCAAUUCCUCGCCCCUUCCAAGCCUCUCGAGGCCCGUUUCUUGAUUGGAUCAUUUGGCACCUCCGCCGCCUACAAUGGGGUCGCGUUCCCGCUGACCGUCGCCAGGGACCCGAAUGAGCCGGUCCCAACGGUCGAGGUGUCGCGAUAUGGGAAGCUCCCUGAAAUUCAUCACAUCUUCAAAACCGACGCGCAGAGUCCGCCCGUGGCUAUUACCUUGGUCUUCGUGGCCAUGGCGUUGGCUUGUUUGCCGGUGCUAGGUGGCGUGUGGCUGUUCCUCGGUGUCAACGUCAAACAGCUGCCCACAGCCCUCCAGUCGGCCCCCCUGUCCCACACUAUCUUCCUGGGCUCUCUUCUCGCCAUCGAGGGCGUCUUCUUCCUGUACUACACCCACUGGAAUCUGUUCCAGAUGCUCCCUGCGGUCGCGGCGGCCGGAACCGUGGCGUUUGUCAGUGGCAGUCGCGCGCUAGGCGAAGUGCAGGGUCGACGUCUCGCCGGACUACGAUAG